AUGAGCUCUGCAAGAUAUAAAGCCGGUCAGCUUUCCACAGCUUGGGGAGAGCACCUUGUGCUGCAGAGGUGGGUUUACCCCUCUGUCUGCUGCCGCAUACAUUCACCUUCUUUCCCUACCCCCUACUUGACCCGUAGGAUUUCUUGCCAUCAAGAUUCCUUGCCGCCGUCCAUUGAGUGCGCCCGCAGGGCCCGCCAAAGCAUUGGGUCGGUGACAAACAUGACCGACAUCACUCCGCCUUGUGCUGCUUCUCCUUUGACCACCCUCUACCAACUUCGCGGCCCUGAUAACAAGCGCACACAGAACCAGCUUCAUUAUUUCAUCGUUUUUAUCCGAGAUGCAUCUGUCAUUUCCGAUGCAUUUGUCAAACCAAUCGAUGGAAUGGCUCUGCAAGUUUCCUCCCGUCUCAGCGUGCUGCAUCCGAAGUUGGAACCGUAUGACCAGGGCCCUUGGGCCUCUCCAGAACGCAUAAAAGGCAGAGGGUCUCUUCCUUCCUCAGAACCUCAUCCUGUUGCACGUUUCAGGUCUCCAAGAAGCUACUCUUAG